GUCUCUGCAGGACAGAGGCCGGGACAGUCCCUCCUCCCCUUCCACUCCUCUCACAACAGGCUGCAUGACUCUAGACUGCUCCCUGGUGGUCCAUCUGAAGAACUGCUGCACACAGCUCCUGCGUUUGGGUACGUUUGGUCCUCUGCGAUGUGGAGAAAUGUACGCCUUAGACCGACUGCUGAGAGAGGCUCGAGUCCUUGAAAUCAUCCGACGCGCCACCAAGGACAACCCGCGGGACCUGAGACAGCCGAAUGAAGUGAUACCACAGCUUGACCAGUGUCUGGGCGCUGUGUUACUAUGGCAACAGUGUGUGGGUCAGGGCAGCGUGUACAGGGUCUCUGCGGAGAGCUUCCUCUCUGCGUUGUCCACCCUUUACUCCAACAACCUGCCUCAGAGGGCCAGCAGCAUGGCAGACACAGUGUUCCUGUGUACGGCUGAGCGGGUGCUGGAUCAGAGGUUACCACGGCGAGAAGGCAACAGAGCAAGUGUGACGGUGACACUGUUCCAGCUGUGGAGUUACCUGGAGGCCAACAGCAUCACAGACAUGGAGACACACGUCAAUGAGUUGGCAGAAGAAGUGUGGCUGGUGCAGAGCUUGGCGUCAUGUGAGCCAGAUGUCAUUGUGCACGCUCUGCGGCAACCUGCAUCAUGCAGCCUGAGGAGGGAGGGACUUCACGCUGUGGCCAAGUUACUGAAAGACCCUCGAGGAAAAGUAUCAGCAUCUGCCAGCUCUGUGCUGAGAAGCCUGAAUACACAGCCCAGACAGAGAGAGCAGGCGCUGGUCAUUUGUUUGGAGCUGCUGGAAGACGACAGUGUGCACACCAGAGUCUGUGGAUGUAAAGCCUUAGCAUGUCUCAAGGCCAAAGAAAGCAUCGAUCAGUUAGUGUAUCUGUGUCGGACGGACAAAGAGGAAGUCCGAGAAGCUGCCAAACAGACUCUGCUGGUGCUUGGCGAGGAGGGGAAGAUGGCGCACAGACAUGUGGAGACGUCUCAGGACAGUUUGCCCAGACUCUUCGCCCCAGGAAGCAUG